AUGGCAGCAGACAAGACAGGACUGAGCACGAUGAUGGAAAGCCUCUUCGACAACGGCGAAUUUGCCGACCUCAUCGUGCGUGCCGGAGACACUGAGUUCAAAGUGCACAGGAGUAUCGUCUGCACCGCAUCGUCUUGGUUCAGGGCUGCUUGCACCAGGGAUUUCCAAGAAUCCAAGACGAGGAUGAUCUUCCUACAAGAGAGCGCUGCGGUGGUGAAAAGCCUUCUCCUCUUCCUGUAUGGCUUGCAACACAGAAUUCGAGAGCAGCUGGUGGGAAGCUUCGGAGAGCGCAUCAAGCUCGCUGUCUGCAUCCACAUGGCUGGCGAUAAAUACGUGUGUCCAGCACUCUCAGCGUACAUGGCUGAAGAGCUCAGAUUCCAGCUUCGGUUCACCGGUGAUGUGAACGAACAAGAACUUGUUGACGUCGCAGCAUGGGCGUAUUCGCAGACUGAGGGCCAAAUCACAGACCAAAUCUAUCAGUCCCUCACCAGAGCAACGACGCAACGCUUGCAUUCGCUGGUUGCUAAAGAUGAAUCGUGGCAGCGCAUAGUCUCCUGCGAAGCGUACGUGAGCGACGUCAUGCGAUGCGUCGCUACAAGUCGAGGCUUUUUCCAGCUGAGCGACAUUGUGAGGAAGACUCUCUAA